UUGUCCUUCCGAGGGAGCCGUAGAUGCCGGUAUGUCGAAGGUCAGCAAGGGGAGGCGGGGGUUUCUUAGACUGAAACGAGAAUGUCGUAAAAAUUAACAUGCUUUGGCAGUUAUACGUGCUGCAAGGGAGAAUUUAGUCAGAAACCGUCAGAUGCAUGUAUCGCAAGUGAUUUUAUGUGUGCAUUCUGUGAAAGAAAGCAAUUUAAGGAAUAGAGAAGAACGGAGGAGACCAUGUCCGUUUUGUCCUACAGGGCGAUCCCUUCAUAAGCGCUUGGAAGUGAAUAGCGCAGGGCCUGAUAGAACGGGGGUCAGUGUGACAGACCCAAUGAACGGCGCGGAUCACCUUUAAUGUGCCAAGAUUUCACGAUAUUUUACAAAUCCUUUAAUACAUAACCGCUGACAUAAUGAGGAAGGACGUCCGGAUAUUACUAGUGGGGGAACCCAAAGUGGGCAAGACAUCUUUGAUCAUGUCCCUGGUCAGCGAGGAGUUUCCUGAUGAGGUUCCUCCGCGAGCCGAAGAGAUCACGAUUCCCGCUGACGUCACCCCGGAGAGAGUCCCUACACAUAUAGUGGACUAUUCAGAAGCAGAACAGUCAGAUGAACAGUUAUUCCAGGAAAUAUCAAAGGCUAAUGUAAUAUGCAUAGUGUACGCUGUCAAUAACAAGAAGUCCAUUGAGAGGGUCACCAGUCACUGGAUUCCCCUCAUUGCGGACCGAACAGACAAAGAUAGCAGGGUGCCCCUAAUCCUGGUGGGGAACAAGUCGGACCUGGUGGAGCACAGCAGCAUGGACACCAUCCUGCCCAUCAUGAAUCAGUACAGCGAGAUCGAGACGUGUGUGGAGUGUUCUGCGAAAACCCUGAAGAACAUUUCCGAGUUGUUUUACUAUGCUCAGAAGGCAGUCCUGCACCCGACAGGACCCCUGUACUGUCCGGAGGAGAAGGAGAUGAAGGCAGCAUGUGUGAAAGCCCUGACUCGCAUCUUCAAAGUGUCCGACAUGGACAACGAUGGCCUCCUCAGUGACCUCGAGCUCAACUUCUUCCAGCGAACGUGCUUCAACACCCCGCUAGCUCCUCAGGCUCUGGAGGAUGUGAAGAAUGUUGUGAGGCGGAACAUGGCAGACGGGGUGCAAGACAAUGGACUCACGCUGAAGGGUUUCCACUUUCUGCACACCCUCUUCAUCCAGAGGGGCCGGCAUGAGACCACGUGGACCGUGCUGCGGAGGUUCGGUUAUGAUGAUGACCUCGAGCUCACACAGGAGUACCUCUUUCCACCGUUGAAAAUCCCCCCGGAUUGCACCACGGAGCUGAACCACAACGCUUACCUGUUCCUCCAGAGUGUGUUUGACAAGCAUGACAAGGACCGGGAUUGUGCCCUGUCUCCCGACGAGCUGAAGGACCUGUUCUCCGUCUUCCCCUACAUGCCCUGGGGCCCCGACGUCAACAACACAGUGUGCACCAACGAGCAGGGCUGGAUCACCUACCAGGGAUACCUGUCACAGUGGACGUUAACCACCUACCUGGAUGUGCAGCGAUGCCUGGAGUACCUGGGCUAUCUUGGUUACCCGAUCCUCUGUGAGCAAGAGUCCCAGGCUGCUGCCCUCACAGUCACGCGUAACAAACGCAUCGACCUGCAGAAGAAGCAGACCCAACGCAACGUCUUCCUCUGCAACGUGUUUGGGGCCCGGGGCAGCGGCAAAAGCGGCUUCCUGCAGGGCUUUCUGGGCAGGAACCUCAUGCGUCAGAAGAUAAGGCACGAGCACAAAUCGUACUAUGCCAUCAGCACGGCUUACGUGUACGGCCAGGAGAAGUAUUUACUGCUGCACGAGGUCCUUCCGGACACCGACUUCCUGUCUGAGACCGACCUCUCCUGUGAUGUCGUGUGCCUGCUCUACGACGUCAGCAAUCCCCGCUCCUUCGAGUUCUGCGCGAGGCUCUACAAGAAUCACUUCAUGGACAGCCGGACGCCGUGCCUGCUGGUGGGGGCCAAGGCCGACCUGCCGGAGGUGCGGCAGCAGUACAGCCUGUCUCCGCUGGACUUCUGCAGGAAGCACAAGCUGCCCGCCCCCCAGCGCUUCACCUGCAACACGGCCGAAGCGCCCAGCCGCGACAUCUAUACCAAGCUCACCACCAAGGCCAUGUACCCCCACGGCCAGUUAAGCUGCAUGUGCAGCUGUAACAGGUGCACGUUUUGCAUCUGUCAGAAGCUGCUGCGCUCAGAGAUGCUGCAGCGUGUAAAGAGCACACUCUACAGCGCAGUGACGAACAGGUCUUCAUUUUCUUAUCUCUGGAUGGCUUUGUCUCUCUUACUGAUGCAUGUUUUUGCCUCCUGCUGAUUAGGGUUCUACGCUCUCCUUUGCCUUUAACAUUGUGCUGCUGAUUUUUAAACCCCAUGCCUGUAGUAACAUUCCCCACGUUAAGCGCCCCUCUGUUCUCCGGUACCUUCCCUGCCUGCAUGGUGCAUUCCCGCUUUGAAAACCACAGUUUUCUUUGAGUAAAAAACCUCAAGUGUAAGUGGUUCUUCUACAUUUGGGUCUAAAUUACUGCUGUAAUGUCGGCAGACCUUGCAAUGUGGCUUGACGAGAAGUUGGGCUGCGGAUGGAUUGCGCUUUUGAUAAGCUUUUAAAGUUUUUUUUUUUUUUUUUGGGGGGGGGGGAGCAGUGUUUGUGAGAUUGGAUCUAAUGCUAAUAUCACGGUUAAACUUUGACUGAUUGGUUUUAGCAUACUGGUUUUUAUUUUCUCAAGGGUUUGGGAGGGUCACAGACAGGGGAUGUCUACAGGAAUACAAAGCUGGGAUUGUGUCACUUCGAAACCAGUAUACAACUAGUGUGGGUGGUGUGAAACUGAAGCUGUGGUUUUGGUGAGCGUGGUGCACAUUCAGCGGCCAACCAGGGAAUGUCCCGUUUUAAGACUUCCUCUGACCCUGGAUCCAUUAACCCCGAAGUCUGAGCUACUUAAAUGCUUUUUUGGGAGGGGGGGUAGCGCUAUUUUGGAAUGCAUGCUGCUAAACCAAGGACUCGGGUUCGAUCUGGGAUGCUGCUCUCCCCCUUAAGUGGGGAAACCUCCCAGGUUCGGUCUUCCGUGCCUGGCUCAGAUUGUGUGUCUCUGCCAUGAUGAUGAUGAUGAUGAUGAUGAUGAUGAUGAUCAAUGAUGAUAAUCACGGAUGCAGACUUCUUGAGCUUGCAGUGUGGUGUGUGUCGCUCGCUGGGUUGGAGUGGGUCACCCAGGUGAGCGUGGCUGCUGAACCGCCCUGUGUGUGUGUGUGUGUGUGUGUGUGUGUGUGUGUGUGCGUGUGUGUGCGUGUACGUGUACGUGUACCCGCACGUGUGUAAGGUUGAGACCCUGUCUGGACGAGCUAGGUGCCUUUCUGCUGGCUGAUCAGGAGUCCAGCCUCACGCAGCAGGUUCACCCCGUUGUCCAUGUAGAGGAGUCCAUCUACAUGGAGUCGUCUGUGGACCCCUUUGUG